GUCCGAUGCAGGUCUCCUUCACUGUGUCUCCCUCUGGUGGACACUCUGCACAUCACAUCAUCCACACAGACAGAAUAACUCAUGCAGGAGAAAACGUACAUUUCUUAAAACUCCAUUUCAGACACUUUACGUUAAUAUUAAAGUGUGUUUACGUCUUCAGCUUUGUGCUAAUAAAUGUGGUCACUCUGGCGAGCUGCAGGAACCGGAAGUGAUGAAAACAACAACAAAAACAGCGGAGCAAAACACGGAAGUGCAGCAGCAGGAUCAGAGAGAGUGAAUUUGCAGAUUGAUAUGGUUAAUAUCUGAGAUCAGUCACAUCAAGACAGACAGAGAAGAACAGGAUUAAAACAACAGCAGUGUAAAGACAGGAGACUGACCGCAGAAACACAGAGUCUCCGAGCUGCAGUAUGGACGUGUGUAUGUUGGAGGAGGAUCUGCCGCAGAUGGACGGCACGUGUGACGCCUGCGAGCCGGACGAGGCGGAGUCUGCGCUGUGGAUGUGUGUGCGCUGCCGCUUCGCCUUCUGCUCCAGCCACGCAGACGCACACACACAAAGCACCGCACACACACUGCAGCCCUACAGCAGCGCAGAGGCAGACACACACUCCGCUGAGCCGCAGGCUGCAGCGCUCCCGCCGGACGGGCGCAGGGAGACUGUGAGCGUGGAGCGGCUGAAGUGCAGAGAUCACGGCCAGGAGGGGGCGCUAUACUGCAAACACGACCAGCGCAUCAUCUGUGUGCUGUGUGCCGUGCAGGGGGAACACCGAGGACACCAGAUCAUCACACUGAGAGAGGCAUACCUGUGGCAGAAGAGUAAAGAAGGCAUUGAUCUGCUGGAACAGACUCAUGAAAUCUCGGAGAGGAUCAAGGCUAAAUGGGCCAGUCCAGAUAUGAGCAUGGAGGAGCUGGAGGCGUACGUGAACCAGCAGUUUGACGAGCUGCAGCGCCUGGUGCGUCUGGAGGAGUGGCGCGUGCUGCAUCUGGUGGACCUGAAGGAGGCCUUCCUGACCGCUCAGGCUGCGGAGAAGAUCUCGGAGAUCAGCGCGCACACACAGACGCUGCAGGAGGAGAUGGACUCUAUCACACACACACUCCAGCAGAUGGAGCAGGUGGAGGAGGACGGAGGAGCCCCUGCAGCGCUGCUGGCUCCACUGCUGGCCCGCAGAGAGGAGGAUGCAGGAGGACGAGCGGUCAGAAACACAUACAAACACACACACACACACAGCACAAAGACAGGGCACACCCCUGCUGGUUACGAGAGGGUACUGCAAGUAGAGAAGCGUGAACAGCAGAUGAUUAGUGUGGACACAGAUAUGAUCAGUGUGAACGUCUCUUAACUCCUGCUCUCCGCUCUGUGUUUCAGGAUCCUGAUGUGCGGCUCAGAGUUGCGGAUCAGAGGAGGAAUCCUGACGCUCCGUCAGCUGUUGAAGACAGAGGAGACGCACACGUCGGACACACACCCUGAACGCAGCUCUCUCUUCAGGAAUGGAGACAAACACAGAAUCAAAUGCAGGAACAAACACCAAACUCUUGAAGAAUGUGCUGUCUUUAUCAGUUCAUUAUUUUCAUGAAGAUCUAGUGGACUUUUUAAUCAUUUUUGUUUCGGUUUAUUGAAUUUUUUGCAUUUGUGUGUAUAAUAACUACAUGCUGGAUUUAUUAUUUGGUUGAUGAAAUUGUGUCUUAUAUUGCUCUGCAUUGCCUUCAUUACACUGUACAUUAUAUUAUAGGUGUAAAUACAGAUCAUUCAAGUGUAAAACGGUUUUUUAUGAGGCUAAACAGAGUUAAAUGUUGAGUUGUGAACUCACAAUUCCCAGAUUUAAAAUACUGGAAAAAUCUGAAUUCCAAGAUAAAAAGUCUGAAUUUUCGAGAAGUAUUAUGAAAUAAAAACUCUGAAAUAUGAUAUGAAAUACUCAAUUUUGAGAUGUAAAUUCCAAUUAAAAAGUGCAAAUAUUGAGAUGUAAACUCCUACAGAGAAAGUCUUUGAAACCAAGGAGUCAAAAAAUGUAGACGUCAGCUCUGAAUUCCAGUCAGACGUCUCAAUAUAAAGAUGUACUCUCAGAAUUUCUGUCCCAGUACUGGGUUGCAGCUGAAAGGGAAUUCGCUGUGUAAAACAUAUGCUGGAAUAGUUGGCGGUUCAUUCCGCUGUGGCGACCCCUGAUUAAUAAAGGGACUGAGCCAAAAAGAAAACGAAUGAAUGAAACUCUAACCCUUAUUUCAAUAUAAAACAAAUCUGAAUAAUGAAACAAACUCUGAAAUAAAAACGCAAAAUUAUGAGUAAAUUCAGAAUUGACAAUUUCUAAACAAACUCUCAAAUGUAAAGCUGAAAUUCAGAGUCUUGCAUUCGUAACAUGUCAACUCAGAAUUUAGCAAAUAUUGAGACAAACAAGAAUUUUGAAAUGUGAAUUAAGAUUUUAGAGAUAAAAAGUAGAAAAAAUAUUGAGACAUGAAAUAUAAAUUCCAGGCAAAAAGUCAGAAUUUAAAGACAUAAUCUCAAAACUCCAGAGGAAAAAUCUGAAUUGAGAUGUAGCUCAGAAUUCCCAGAUUAAAACACUGAAUUCCAGUAAAAAGUCUGAAUUUCGAGAAGUAAAAUCUAAAUAAAAUGUGAGAAUAUCGAGACGCAAACUCAAAUCUCUCUGAUUAAAAUGUCAAAACAUCUUUUGAGUCAAAACAUCAUCAUCCUACAUGAUUUACAGCAGAAUUAUUCUUUUGGUGUUUUCUAACAUUUGUGAGUGUCAUAUUUACACAAAAUAAUGUAGGUUAAACCUUCAGGCCAAACAUUGUCCAUCCUACAUUUCCUCCUGUGAGUUUCAGUCUAAUUCUCUGGUAUUUGGUAAUCGCAGCUCUGAAUAAUGAUGUUAUGACGUAACUGUUAAGCUGAAUGAUGAUGAUGAACAUUUCUUUUACACAUGUUUUGAUAUCUUUGUGUAAAUUUGACUCUAUGCAGACACUAGAAUGAAUCCGCUGGAUAUUUUCUUUCUCUGUGUGUUUCCAGACUCCCCCAUGCUCAAGUUCAUCAGAUAUACUUCAGUUCUGGUUCUGAAAGCAGGUGAACGUGUGUGUUUGCUGAGUCUUAAUGAUGUUCCUUUCUUUCAGUUUUGGGAUAAGUCGAUCUCUAAAUGAAGGGUUGCUCAUGGGAAACCUGUCAGUCAUUAUUAUACUGUAUAUUUGACGAGCUCUUUAAUAGCUGUAAGAUGCUCAUUCACACAUUUGCUUCUCUCGACUGUAAUCAAAUAAAAUCAUUUAUUUUCAUUUUUUUAAA